CUUCUGUGUCUACCACAGCUGUGGCUGAGACUCCAAUACCUCUCCUCUACAGAGGAAAUUUCACAAAGCUUCCUCAGUGGGAUUUUGAUGAUGUCUAUAACCAGGAUGCCCCACCUAGACCAACAACAUGUGCCCAAUCACUGCGAAACUCUCAGGAUGAGAACUUCAAGAAGGCUUUUCUUCCCAACAUACGUUUGUUUCUGCACAAGGACAACAUUAACAUGAGCGAGUGGAAUCGCCUUUCACAUUUUAACAAUCCUUUUGGGUUCAUGCAGUUCAAAUAUGAUGAUGUGAUGGCUUCAGUGAAGCUGAUUCCAAAGCCAAAAGAGCCACUGCUCCUCCCAAAACCAGGUGGUGAUGGCUGUGUUCACUGUGCUGUGGUGGGUACUGCAGGAAUUCUGAACGGCUCAAAAGUGGGUGCAGAGAUCGAUGCUCAUGAUUACGUUUUUCGGCCAGGGACCUACUAUUCAGGGCAGUACAAUGAGAGCCGAUUCUACGUUCUCCACCAGGACUUCCUCCGAUACGUGAGGAACAGGGUGCAGCAUGAGCAACUGGCUGCAAUCUUCCAGCUACUUAAAGAAAACAAGGAGACUUUUGGGGAGGUGUCAGAGGGAGACAUAGAGGAGCAGCUCCGACUCUGAGACCCCUGUUGUGUCAUAGAUGCUCACUAUGACUUUUUAUUCUUAAAAACUACUAAAAAACUUCUCCAUUACACCAAAUGAACUUUUUUGCAGUAUUCAACGUGGCUGGACAGUAUCUCCCAAUUUUCUGAUUUAUUGUGUUUUACUGCUUUGUUUUUGUUGUUCUGACCACCUGUCAUCCACAUGAAGGGAAAACCAAACUAGACUGGAUCAGUUCUCACACUGAGCAGGUUAAUAUAUGAAUGAAUCCUAAAAGAAAUUAAAGGAAUGCUUUUUAUUUUAGUUUUGAAAUAUAUUGCAAAUAUAAGUGAUAUAAACCCUGAGUUACAUUUGUUUCUGAAGUUGGUUGUGUAAUAAAACACAUUGCUCUAA